UUAUACCUUUAGAUGGUUGCUCAUGAACACCACCCAGGUUACGUUAGCUCCUUGUUGUCUCCUCUAGGUACCGCCCAGGUGUGCAGCGGAGCGCUGACAGUGUACAAGUUGUGUCGAGAUACUUUGGUGUAACAACAAAGACUAAUUUUAGAUUGGAAUUUGUCAACAUGGAAAACUCCAGAAGACGAAGUGCCUCAUUACCUUCAGUUGAAGACCCAGGAGAAGACCCCGAUGAAGAUGCCACUAUAAAUGGAGGACAGCGUAGUGGUGCCAACAGAAUUAGUGGCAGUCUGAGCAGCCUACCAUUACCACCCUUAUAUCCAUGUAUUGAGGUAUGUGCUCAUUGUGGGAAGAAAGUUACAGACAGGAAUGUAGUAAAUGAGGAAACACAGGACGCCAUAGAUGCAAAUACAGAUUGCUCUUGUGAAUGCCACCGCCAAGCUUGUUCACGGUCUGAGAAGUCGUUAACUCGACAAGAGCACAUUCCACCUGGGGGACCAAAUUGUUUACCUGGGUGUGGCUACUCUGGUCUACCUUGUUAUUACUGUAGCUCUUUUCCAAGUAACAGGGAGCUCCCUGAGCCAAUAGGUCAACAAAUGAAUCAAGCAUUUCAACCUACACAGAUCUACACUGUUGAGUUGCUAGGUCCACCUCUGGAUGGGUUUCAGUCCGGAUCAUCGACUUCUCCAAUAGAACAAAGGAUUAUAGUGCAAAGUGAGGAAAAUCCAGAUGCAGCUAGGAGGCGAAAGACUUGUAUAUCACUGGUCGUUUUUAUAAUUACAAUUAAUGUAGCCAUUGCAAUUGUUCGGAUGCUGAGUAGUGACAACAGGUUUAAUGUGUAUUAAUGUUCAUGCCAUUUUCUAUGAUUGCAACACACAAUAUACUUUAUUUGUGUAGAAGGGUACUACACAUAUGAUUUUAACACUUAAUACACAGAAUCAUUGAUGUUUAAUGAAAAAUGUGCCUUGCUUAAAUAGAAAGCAUGCAUCCAAUAUGUUGUUGGGUGCUUGAUUUAAAGUUGGGUCAUUACAACACAAACAACUCUUUGGUCACACUGCAGGUUUAUGAACAGUACUGUAUUUGAUAAUUGAGACUAACAAUUUCACAAGUUUACAUUUCCUCCUGCAUGGUACAUACUACUAUAUUGCAUGGUUAUCCAAAAUGUUGAAUAAUUGGUUUAUGUUUAUUGAUUACCGUGAAAUUUCACUUAAGGUACUGGAAUCCCACUAUGCCCAUUACAGUGUUUGCAAGAGAUGUGCAGAAAGUGAAAUAGUUUUUUCUUCAUUUACUUAAGAAUUUUGAAACAGUAAGGAUGGAAUUUCCAAAGUUUCAGUGUAUUUUGUAAUGUACUUAAUCAGAUUUUCAGAGAAGUAUCUUCAGAUUAGACCAGUUCCCACAUAACAGCCCACAUACAUACAUAGCCCAGUCAGAUUGUUUUAUUGAUUUGAAUAUUAAUGACUGGUUUGUUAUUUGUUAAAAUUUCAAUUGUUAAAAUUAUAUAUGAGCAGUACAGUAUCACAAAUACCUAACAUUUCUUUUUCAUUAGUGUUUCUAUUGAAGAUUUGCUUGGUAUAAAACAAAGGUCACAAAAAUAGCUGCAUUACAGUUUGGGUUUGUAAACAAAGUAGUAUUGGUACUGUAGUUAAGAAUUAUUAAAGGAAUCUCGAAUAGACUUAACAGAAAAAGCCACAAUUCAUUAAGGUAUUCAAAUAUUGGCCUUUAUCAUAAUAUGAAAAUAUAAGAAUCUCUUUAUAAUGUAUACAAAAUUAAAACCAAGAACAGUACACAUGAUGGGAAAAGUGUGUCAGGAUCCAAAAUAAAAAAGGAAAAGGUCCCAUGAUACUGAAAUCCAUUAUCUAAUUUUUAUAGCCAUAAUAUAUGGUUACAGUACCUAUCUCAGUGGUGAACACAAAGGAUGUUCAAGUAUGUGGACUCAGAAAGUUUUUUCCAUUUCUACUUUUUCUAGUUCAGUUUUGAUUGUAAAAUUUAUCUCCUUUUGAAGGUUGAUAAUUCACAUUGUUAUUUUUCCUCUUACUACUUUAAAUGCUUAAUAUUAUUUUCCCUCUUACUAAUUUAAAUGUUUAACCUCUUGCCAUAAUGCAAAAUAGUUUUUAGUUGUACAGUACUUCUCAAAUAAAAAUUGUUUUAAACUUAGUAGGUUAGAUGAAGUUCAAAUUUGUUUUUGGCAUUUGCUCUCAAGCUGAUAUUCCUGUUUUGUUACUCAGUACCUUUGUAUAGUUUGUAUUGUUCAAUCAUGACACAGGGUGAGCACCAUGAGAGUCUAGGAAUGUCACUCACUAAUAUCAUUAUUUUUUUUCAAAUUACAUUAAAAGAUGAAACAUUUCUUUGACAUUUUUGUGGCACAGAGAUUUCUUUUGUAUCGGUUUUUAUAUAUUUACUAACAUUUUUUAAUUAUGCUGAGAAUAUUUUUUUUUUAUACAGUAUGUACUUAUGAGCUGCCCUGAUUUCAUUCUUUUUUUUUUUCUUCCAAGCCACCUUUUCUGCAAAUUGUGGGACUUGAGGGGACUACUCUCUUAUCGUCUUGACCUUCAAGACUUCUCUGUCUUGUGAUAUGGCUUUUUUUGGAAGUAUAUACUGUUAUAUGAAGAGUUACAACUGUUUUACUCCUCCUUGGUGAUAUUUGGGUUCAUGUUAAUGCAAUCUGACUGUGUUUGUGCAACAUUUGUGUUGCUUACUGUAAGGUGUUUAUGAUGAUGUGAAAGAGAGAUCAAUUCUUCCUUUCUUUACUUUUGCAAAAGCAGUGCUUAAAAGUUUUUUAGUCGUGAAGUACUACACUCUACAUACAUUCUCAGACUUAUAAUUUUGAUGUUUUGAUGUGAAUUAAAAAUUCAUAACUUAAUGAAACACACUAAUGAAAUUAGUUUCUUAGUUUUAAGUUAAAAUGUGUUUACAAAUAGUAUUGUACUUUCCAUGUGUUUAAUAGAAAAAGUUGCUUGCAAGUGUUCUGUUAAUCUACUUCAAUGCUUGUCUAUACUGACUUUACCAAACUUAAAAGAAAUUUCUGCUGAAAUCUUUGUGCAUCAUCUCGAAUAUGGAAAUUCUUGAAUGAUGGUACAGAUUUUGAUAAGCUGGUCUGUGCAAAAGAGUGUACAAUACGCGGCAGCAGUUGAUUUCUAUCCAUGUGUUAAAUUUAGUGUUUUAUAAAAACUACUUCAGUGGAUGGUUUGCAAUCCAGUUUAGCUUUUAUAUUUAAGAGUUAAAUCUUUUCAUAACUGCCUUAAAAGUCCUUGAUACUGCCAUUUAGAAAGUAUUUAAAAAAGAAUGAAUCAUCUGUAGUGGCCCUUUCUGAUUUUUUUACUUUUUAUAACGGUUUCUCAAAGAGUUUUUUCACUUUUGUAACCUUAGUUUGACAAACAUCUUUAUGAGGCUUCAUUCUUCUUUUUGAACCACAAUCUGGUUUGUCAAAUUUAUACUUUGUGCAUGGUUAGUAUGUAUAUGCAUACUAAAAAUUGAUUCACUACAAUGGACUUGUGGUUAGUCACUUUUUUGUAUGCUUUGUUCAUACUAAUUCAGCAAGUCCUGUAUAUGUAUAUAUGUAUGACUUAGUUUAAAAAGAGGGUCAUGGUGUUAGAUAAAGUAGAAUCUUAAUAACUGUGUUUGAGAGGCUUAUAAAGUGAACAUUUACGUUGUUUUAAUCAAACUUGUUGAAAACAAAUACCAAUGUAAAUACUUAUGUAAAUAAGUAAAUACUUGUAUGUUACUGCUUUGCCUUUUCAGAUAUUCAUGUCUAUUUAUGACUAAAGGAUAUCUGCUGGAAAACAAAGAGCUAUUAAAUUUAGUUGACUAGAUUUCAGUGAAGGGGAUAGUGUCUCAGAUGCUCCCAAUUGUCUAAACUGUUCUUCUGUGUAUGUAAUUUUAUUGCACUACUGCAGGUUUUGAAAUUCAGUGCAAUAUUACAUUUUUCACUCCAGUGACAUAACAAUAUAGCAUAUUUUUAAAGUUAAGUUCCCUUCAUCUGUUAAAUGUGCAAGAGGAUUAGCUGUAUACUGUAACUGAAUGUAUGUUCACUGCCUAGUACAUAAAGAAGUAUAUUAUUUUAAAGGAAUAUUAACUUCAAAGGUAUUAGGGAUGAGGACAGAAAAAAAGGUGCUCUCAGCAAUUAAAAAUAUAUGUAUAAAAAUUUGGAAGUGUAUUAUGGAAUUUAAAUAUUUUCUAGGAUAUGCUAGAAGCUUUUGUAAUAUUUUAGUUAUAAUUGUAAAGUCUUGUGUAUACUAUGUGUUGUGAAUACUAUGUGUGUGUUUGUAAAAGCUAGAAUUUUUUUACCUCCUGACAAACAACUUAAAAACAUAAAAGAGUUCUAAUUCAAUUUUGAGUUAACAAAAAACUUUAAUCUCAAGUUUGAUAGGAAUAUGUUUUGUUAAAAUACAUAGGAAUAUGUCUUGUUAAAAUACAUGUGUUUUUGAAACUGAUUACAUAAGAAAUAUGCCUGCUCAAUUUUUAAGAUAUGUGAAUAAGUUGAAACUGUGAUAUAUGUACUAUGGUUAAAGUACCACGUAUAACCUUGUAAUUCAUUUGCAGUUACUACUAGGGUCCCAAGAUAUUCUAUGAAAGUUACGAUGCUUUAGCAUCACAAAUGAGUAUUAGAGGGGUUUAUAAAAUUGUUACUUUAUCUGUAUUUUUAAAAAUAAAUUUGGUAUUGUUUUUUAA